CCGCAAGGACUUUCAAUAUCCAGUAGGAGGGUACCAGUGUCAUGGUGUUUCUAUGGACUCGGUGGACCAUGGGUCGUUUCUGUUUACAAGAUUGAAAAACCAACGGGUAAGUACAGGUUAGCCUUAAGUAGGUUCCUAAGAACUUUACAUCCUAUAAAUGAUGUGAAAAUAAUAACCGAAUCAUAUCAGAUCACAGCAUGGUUAAACAUGCAGAAGAUGUCAACAGACAAAAAUAUACCAAUCAUAGCCGAUGAUUUGGAACAAUAUCAUGCCGAAUUCAAGAUACUUGAUUUAUCGCAUGUAAAUUGUGGGGUACGUUUCCUUUUUUUUAAUAGUUCGCAAGAAGAGUAAUUCAACUGUUUUAUUACCUAAGGAACUUUUUCAAUAAUUUAAAUGCAUUUUAACUACUAAGCAGUCACAUACAUUAUUUCCAGUUGAUAUCAGUAGUUUCCAGUUUCCUUAUUUUAUUGCCAUUAGUUUUCCCGCUUUUCACAUCAUCCCGUUUCAUUUUUCGAUUCCAACAUCAGGCGGUGGAUCCUGGUCACAAUGGGGAGACUGGAGUCCUUGCAGCCAUACUUGUGGAGGAGGGUCACAAACUCGCACGCGCUUCUGUAGUUCAGCAUCAAAGAAUUGCCAAGGAAGCAGCUCCCAGUCACAGCUUUGUGGGACCACAGAGUGUCCAGGUACUUGCUAUUGCUAUUCCCUGUGGUUACGAGACUCAAAUCCCAUCUUCCCCUCGAUAUGUUGUUAUUCGCAUUUGCCACCUGUUACAUGCAUGCAAUCGCUAGAUUAAAUGAACAAAAGACGAGUACAUUCGAAGUCCAAAGCCCUCACCAGAGAGCUAAGCUUACUUUCUUUUUCCUUUCCUUCCAUAGUAAAUGGCGGUUGGUCAAACUGGGGACCCUGGGGCGGCUGUAGCCUGAGCUGCGGAAGUGGAGUACAAUCACGUACGCGUACUUGCACCAAUCCUCCCCCGGCCAAUGCUGGAGUCGAUUGCCAAGGGGACAGUUCCCUGACCCAAGCUUGUAACACCAAUAAAUGUCCAGUUAAUGGUGGUUGGUCAAAUUGGGGAGCCUGGAGCAGUUGCAGUGUCACGUGUGGUGGUGGCGUGCAAAGACGCUCACGACCUUGUACCAACCCUCCUACGAGAAAUGGUGGCGUUGAUUGUCAGGGAAAUAAUUUACAUUCCCAAGCUUGCCAUAUCAAUGGAUGCCCAGGUAAGAGUCGGUUGAAAAGUGAACCAAGGGCUAUAUAUUUUUAUUUCUUAGUCAAUGGCGGCUGGUCAGAUUGGGGAGUCUGGAGCAGCUGUAGCGUCACCUGUGGUGGUGGUGUUCAAAGACGCUUGCGAACUUGCCGCAACCCUCCUCCAAGUAGUGGUGGUGUUGAUUGCCAGGGGAAUAACUUACAACCCCAAGUUUGCAAUACUAAUGGAUGCCCAGGUAAGGGUCAGUUGCCGAAUAAAUGAAAGUGAUGGAUGAAGUAUGAAUACGCGAAGCAAUUCUGAAGAAUCACCUGAAACAGUUUUUGAUUACUCACCAAUCACAGAAAUAAUUUCCU